GAGAUGGCGUCUCAGCCACCCCCUCCGCCUAAGCCCUGGGAGACCAGGAGGAUCCCCGGGGCUGGAACAGGACCGGGGCCUGGCCCCUCCUUCCAAUCUGCUGAUUUGGAUCCUACUUUAUUGACAAGGCCUGGGCAACCAACACUUACAAGAGUACCCCCACCAACUCUUCCAAGACCAUCUCAGCAGACAGGAAACAGCAAUCUGAACACUUUCGGACCUGCUUAUACUUCCUUUUCUUCUGCUUAUGGUGCAUAUGGAAAUUCCUUUUAUGGAAGCUACAAUCCUUACAGUUAUGGAUAUGGUGGGUUAGGGUAUAAUCGGUUCCGUAUGGAUGAUCUUCCUCCUAGCAGAUUUGUGCAGCAAGCUGAAGAAAGCAACAGAGGUGCAUUUCAGUCCAUCGAAAGUAUUGUGCAUGCAUUUGCUUCUGUCAGUAUGAUGAUGGAUGCUACCUUUUCAGCUGUCUAUAACAGUUUCAGAGCCGUUUUGGAUGUAGCCAAUCAUUUUUCCCGAUUGAAAAUACAUUUCACAAAAGUAUUUUCAGCUUUUGCAUUAGUUAGGACUAUACGGUAUCUGUAUAGACGAUUACAGCAGAUGAUGGGUUUAAGAAGGGGCUCUGAGAAUGAGGAUUUGUGGGCAGAAAGUGAAGGUACGGUGGCUUGCCUUGGCCCAGAAGACAGAGCAGCUAACUCUGCAAAAUCUUCGCCAAUAUUCUUGUUCUUUGCUGUUAUCCUUGGGGGUUCUUAUCUCAUCUGGAAACUGCUAUCCACUCACAGUGAGGAAAUAACAGCUACUACCAAUUGGGCGAGUGGUGAAGAUGACCAUGUUGUAGCUAGAGCAGAAUAUGAUUUUGCUGCUGUAUCUGAAGAAGAAAUUUCUUUCCGGGCUGGUGAUAUGCUAAACUUGGCACCCAAAGAACAAGGUCUCGCUAGCAUUGAUGGUCAAACAACCGGACUUGUGCCAGCUAAUUAUGUCAAAAUUCUUGGUAAAAGAAGAGGUAGGAAAACAGUGGAAUUGAAUAAGAUUACCGAGCAGCAACGAGCUUUUACCAACCCAGCACUAAUUAAUGGAACUACUGCUACUGACACAUUGGAGGAGCAGGAAGCUGCCUUUGAAUCUGUUUUUGUUGAAAAUAAUAAGGUUCCAGUUACAUCUGACUCCACUAGCAAAAGUGGAGAUAAACAAGAUCUUUGAUAUCCUACGUAUUUACUUACAAUCGAACUGUUUUCAAAAAAUAAGUUUUUUAUAUUUCUUUAAAAGAAAUAGCCCACAAUCUAAUACAAACAUUUAUUUUGGCUAUCCUAGGAGUUCUGCUGCUAGAAAAUAUUUAAGUUGUACUUUAGUAAACUGGUUCAGAACAUGACCUGGUUGCAUUCUACAAGAUACUGGAGUAGGAAGUUUUCUAGGUCCUGAAUUAAGACUGGCUGUUCUCAUCAAAUGCCCCAUUGUUUUUUGAAAGAGUUAUUUUGAUGAGCUAUGGAAUAUAUUAUUUAUUGGAAUGUAGAACUUGAUUAAAACUUCUAAACAGAUUGUCUCAGAAUCCUCAGAAAUUAGGAGAUAAUAUAAAAAUGUGAGAACUAGGCAAAAAACGAUUUGUUGUUUUUUAAGGACUCUAAGGACUCAAAAGUGGUUUAAGGGCAGGUAGACAGAGAUGUGUCCUGUAAGUAAUAACUCCUGAAUAAUAAGAAUUGUUUGACCUUA